CAGAAAAGAAAGUUGCAAAGAUGUUCAGGAUGUUACUGCUCGGUGGAGCUGAGGUUGUACUCCGAUGUUCCAGGCGGUUUACCUCACAUGCUUUUAUCAACGGACUGAUCAUUUCCCUGCAUGUCCAAUUCAUGCUGGGCUUCGCCCCGUCGUACCUGGAAGUGGGGUGAUUGUGAGUCAGACUCCCGCCCGCUUAUCAGCUGCACUUUGCUACCAGCUAUUAGUUAUUAAUGAGCGAAAUAUAAAUCUGACCCAACGCCGCCAAGCUGUGGACUCUGCUUCGCUUCCUCUUGAAGAAAGAAAUACGUUGGAUCUUCAGAGAGCACGAUGGUGAAACUCCUCACAGCUCUGGGCGUUCUGCUCGGUCUGCACAUGGCCUCGUCCAAUAAACUGGUGUGCCACAUGACCAACUGGGCCCAGUACAGGCCCAGCAGCGCCAAGUUCACUCCGGACAACGUGGACCCCUUCCUGUGCACGCACGUCAUCUACGCUCUGGCCGGCAUCAACAGCUUCAACCAGAUCACCGCCAUCGAGUGGAACGACGCGGAUCAGUACAUCCGGCUCAACAACCUCAAGAACGUUAAUCCUGCCCUGAAGACUCUUCUGACGGUCGGAGGAACAGUCAAUGGAUUGAGCCCAUUUGUCGCCAUGGUCGCCAGGCCCGAGGGCCGCGCCACCUUCAUCAAGUCGGCCAUCAGCUUCCUCCGUACCCACAAGUUUGAUGGGCUGAACCUGGACUGGGAAUAUCCUGGAGAGAAUGGCAGCGCGCCGACGGACAGGGAGAGGUUCACGCUGCUGGUCACGGAACUGGCCAAGGCCUUUCAGGACGAAGCCAAGGAAGAAAGGAAGACUCAGCUGCUGCUCUCGGCCAACGUGGCUUCUCUCCGUCCCACCAUCGACAGAGCCUACGAAGUCAAUAAGAUCGCAGGCUCCCUGGACUUCAUCAACGUCAUGACCUACGACUACCAUGGACACUGGGAGAAAACUACUGGUCACAACAGCCCAGUUUACCGCAGCUCCGCCGACUCCGGCUCAGCCAGCGAUCGCAACAUCAACUCUUCCAUCUCCCACUGGCUGGCUCUGGGAGCACCGGCCGAGAAGCUGCUCCUGGGUAUCCCCACCUACGGCCGCACCUUCCGCCUCGCCGGCAGCGCCAACGGCCUGGGGGCUCCGUCUAACGGCGGCGCCGAUGCCGGACCCUACACCCGCACUAAAGGCAUGUGGGCCUUCUAUGAGAUCUGUGGUUUCACCUCCAGUGCCGUCAAUGGAUGGAUCGCUGAGCAGGAGGUUCCUUACGCCACCUUCGGAAGCGCCUGGGUGGGCUAUGAUGACGAGCGCAGCAUUUCUUCGAAGGUUUCGUGGAUGACCGCCAACAACCUGGGAGGUGCCCAUGUGUGGACUCUGGACAUGGACGACUUCCCUGGACACUUCUGUGAAACUGGACCGUAUCCUCUGGUCAACCAUCUGAGGAUGUCAAUGGGCUUUCCCCCAAAGCCCACCACCACCAAACCGCCCCCCACCACCAGGGACCCCGCCAAAGACUUCUGCCUCGGCCGCCCCGAUGGUCUGUAUGAGAACACGGCCAAUGAGAGCACCUACUUCCAGUGUUUCAGAGGAAACACGUACCUGCACCACUGCCAGGCCGGCCUCGUCUUCUGGGACUCCUGCAAGUGCUGUGACUGGCCCGCAGCGGCCAACUGAGCGACACGCACACGCCAAGGCCACGCAUGUCCAACGCACCCGAGGACGCCGGAGCGCCAGCGUGCUGCAACAGGAACCAACGCUUGACUACAAGAAAGUGACUAUUUGUGUCACGACUGUACAGCUUCAUUCAACAAAUUAAACAAAAUCUACUGAA